AUGGUAGACUUGCCAACACGGACAGCAGAGCAGGUCGAUGAAGGCAACAUGGAGAAGCGCCUGCGGUCUCGAACAUAUGUUCAUGACGACGCCGUCGCAGCAUUCAACGGCAAAAGCCUCCCGCACAGUCUAGGCAGAGAGAUCACCCGCCUAUGCGUCGUCCGGGGCAUCAGAUACCACGCCGACUUCUGCUUCGGCCCAGCCGCCGAACUUCGCGGGACGCUUCCACUCUUCACUCGCGCCCUCAACGCCAGAGCCAUCAUGAGCAACAGAAUCCCCGACAUGGACCCUGACCGACCCGCCGAAAUGCCCUAUUGUAUUUGGCAUCCAGACCUUCCAUCCGAGGAAACCCUCAGAGAGCUCGUCCGGCGCUUUCCCGUCAUGGCGUACCAGGCCGGGCGUGCUUGUGCUGUUGCCGGGCACACGCAACUCUACAAGGAACUCGCCGACCAGAUCCUGCCCGAGGUGGCCAUCGCGGAGGAAGCGCGCGAGAACGGCAACCUUGAGAUAUUCAACCUCAUCAUGGGAGCACCCUGCCGAUACAAAGUCUUUGACGAUUACAGCCGGACCAUGAACACCGAAUCCCCCAAACCGGCUUUCCUGAACGGAGAUACCGCGAUUCGACCUUACUUGAUGGAGACCCAAAGGUUUGAGCCCCCGAUUGGUCGCAUGGACGACGAAGAAGGAGACUCCGAGCCCGACGACGACGAGGUGAGCCCGUGGUCUCUCGGUCCUGAACGGGGUUUCAUAGACACCAUGUUCAACAUCACCGAGGACAUGAACAUCGAUCUUGACGGCAACGGCGGCACUCCUGGUUUCGUCAAUCCGGUAGUCCCGAACAUCGACGACGAAGGGCUGAAGCUUCUUUGCGAGCCACUUCCGGCAGACUUGACAACUUGCUUCAAAGACUUGCUCAUCCUCAUGGCCGCAUAUUACGGUGACAUUGAUCGAUAUCAUCGCCUGCGACGCCCUUGGCUCCUCAAAGAAGAGAUGGGCUGUAUAGUCCGUGGUAUAUACCACAACACUCUCUUCGCGAAAUGGUGGAAGACACAGCCCUUUCCAAACGGCGUAGAUUGGCACAUCCGUGAAGCCAUCUCGGCCAGAGGAAUCAUGGACAACGACCUCUCCUACAUUUUAUCACAAGAAUGGGCCUGCCCUCGGCUCAUAUGGUAUCCAGUCGUCCCAGCCGAUUCGACCUACGAGGCUCUGGCCCGUCUAGUCCCCCGCAUGAGGCCCAGCGUCGCCCGCGCCGCCAUCUACGCCAACAGACAGCAUCUGUUCGACGCCCUCAUUUCCGGGGACGAUGGCGGCGACCCCGUCGAGCCGAGCCACGGACUGUUCAACGAAGCGCGUCGAAGCCAUAACGCACAUUAUCGAGAAACGCUGGAGCGCAAGGCAAGCGAGGUUGGUGUCGAUCUGAACAAACUCGGGCCCUGGCCGGACCCCCUGGUACAGGACGUGCCGAGCUACAUACACUGGUUCAACACGACCCUGCCCGCGCCGCGGCUUUCGAUUGGAACCGCCAGGCGUGAUCAUGAUUCGAUUUACAACGGCAUGUCGUGUAAUGCCAGCGGAGUCGAGACGUACAUCUCGAUCCCCGAGGAGUGGAGGAAGGCGCCGGAGGAUUACGAUGGGGACGAGGGGUAUAUCGAACUAGACUAUAAGGAGUGGCCGCCUGGAUUCGUAUAG